CCUUCUCUACCCUCGUUUUCUUUUACACUUUUCUUUCUCUCUCCUUCUUUUCAUUUUUCCUUUUUUUAAAAAAAAAAAAGAAAAAUUUUUGGGGGAAGAGGAGGGAAGAAAUUUUUUGUUAUGCAGAGAUGGCUGUGGAUUUCAUGGGAUAUAGAAGCAGUGAGAAUUUCACUUCAAAAUUAGAAGAGAACGCCGUUCAAGAAGCGGCUUCUGGGCUUGAAAGCGUAGAGAAGCUCAUCAGAUUGCUUUCUCAAGCUCAACAACACAAUCAAGAUAUGGACUGCAAAGCUGUGGCAGACGUCGCCGUUUCCAAGUUCAAGAAGGUUAUCUCUCUUCUGGGUCGGACCCGAACGGGUCAUGCCCGAUUCAGAAGGGCUCCGCUUACCACCCCUAAUUCUUAUUCUUCUUCUUCUUCUCCCCCCCUAAUUCAGAACCAUGAAAGGCCAGCCGUACCUACUGAAACUAAUAACAAAAUUUACUACGCGACGCCAAUCCAGCAGAUCCCGCCUCUUCAUCAUCAUCUUGGUGACCCUGCUGCUUUAAUCGUACCCAAAAACGGUGUGAUUGACAGGAAGGACUCUUCCACCACCAUCAAUUUCUCGUAUUCCUCUGCUCCGACGUCUUUUAUUUCGUCUUUGACCGGAGACACAGACAGUAAGCAGCCGUCUUCUUCUUCAGCUUUCCAGAUUACGAACCUCUCUCAGGUUUCGUCGGCUGGAAAACCACCGCUUUCGACUUCCUCGUUGAAGAGGAAGUGUAGCUCUGAGAAUUUGGGCUCUGGAAAGUGCGGAGCUGGGUCUUCCGGCCGCUGCCAUUGUUCCAAGAAGAGCAGAAAAAUGAGGUUGAAGAGGGUAGUCAGAGUUCCGGCUAUAAGCUUGAAGAUGGCUGAUAUUCCACCUGACGAUUACUCUUGGAGAAAGUACGGACAGAAACCCAUUAAAGGAUCUCCGCAUCCAAGGGGAUAUUACAAGUGCAGCAGUGUUAGAGGGUGUCCAGCACGAAAGCAUGUAGAGAGAGCUCUUGAUGAUCCAUCAAUGCUGGUGGUGACUUACGAAGGGGAACACAAUCACUCUCUAUCUGUUGCCGAGGCUACCAAUCUCAUCUUAGAAUCGUCUUAAUUAGAUCUCCCAAAACAUUAAAAAAGAAAAAAAAAGGGAUUAAUGACAGUGUUUUUACAAAGCGUUUUUUGUGUUUCAAUUUUCUUGUUGUAGCCAGUAGAAAAUAGUAACAGUACGGGCUGGAGACUCGGUUGGAGUCAGCUCUGUCUCGAAGGAGAUUACUGGGUUAGUUUCAUUUUCCCUGUAAAAUAUUUAUGGUUCUGUUUUUUAUUUUUUAUUUUUCCUUCCUCUCCUAGACACUGUGAAUCUAAUCCAAAUUGAAAUUAAAAAGGGAUGGUGGUGGAUUUGGUAGUA